AUGCCCGCAUCGCAAACUGGAUUUGGCAGCUUCUUCUUGGAGCGGAACAUCAGCAUGCCGGCUGGAUAUCAGAUUCCGGUGCUGGGAUGCCCACCGGGCGUGCAGCAGCAGCAGCAGCAGGCUCAGCAUCUGGCAGCAAUGGCAGCUGGAGUCCCCAUAACAUACUCAGGACUACAAGGAUACAACUUUAUCCCCUAUCCGCACCACAGGCACAUCACGCACAUGAACAACGGUUUCGACUUGAAGGCUGCCUCUCCCUACCAUCACGCGCUCCUGGCUCGCGGGGGAGCUUUCUACCCGCCCUACCGUCCUGGAGCAGCCGAGGAUCCCGGUCGGGUCGCCAAGGUGGCCACCCGAGAGAGCACCGGAGCGCUGAAGGCCUGGCUGAACGAGCACUUGAAGAACCCGUAUCCGACCAAGGGCGAGAAAAUCAUGCUCGCCAUCAUCACCAAAAUGAGCCUCACGCAGGUCUCCACGUGGUUCGCCAACGCAAGGCGACGCCUGAAGAAGGAGAACAGGGUCAGCUGGGCGUCGAAGGGGAAAUCUGACGAGGAGGACGAGGAGCAGGAGGGUGAGAGCGACGAUGACGACGGCUCCCUGCAGAAAUGUCACUUGGAUGAGCGGGAGGAAGAAGAGCCUCAAACAGAGCGCGCAGACACGGACGCGCAGGUGGAGAGCGCGUUGGGCGGCUCGGCACCUGUGGAUGCGCGCCUGGAGAUGCAGCCAAUCAGCGAGCGCGAAGAUGGGGAGCUCGCGCUUGUCAAGAAAGUUGAGAAGAGCGAGUCCGACACGCCAGCCGCUUUGGAGAGUAAAGAAAACAUGUCGAGCCAGAAGCCCAAAAUCUGGUCUUUGGCAGAAACGGCCACCUCGGAGACUGUGAAGAAACCUGUGGAGCAUAUUUACCACCCGGCCGGCAAACUGUGGGCCGAAUGGGCCUCCAGAAACGGACUGUUUGUCCCGUCAUGUUACACCACCCAUGAAAUUGUCUAAGCGGGUAUUUAGACACAAAAGAGAGACAUUGCCCACAUCUUUUGCACUUUAAACUUCCAAACCUCAGGGAUCUGAUCGUUAAUUCCUGACGUUUGCAGUGAAAUGGAAAUGUUUUGAGAC